UUAUCCUGCUCUUCGUUGGAAAAACGAUGGCUAGCUCCGCAAAACAAGGACCUAAAAUUGUCUCCAAAUCCUCUGCGGGAGGCGCCGGGGCGGCGGGGGCCGGCGGCGGGCUCCCGGUGAUGCCCCUCGCCUCUCCGCUCAUGGGGAAGAAGAAGAAGCCGUUUCUGGGGAUGCCCGCUCCGCUGGGCUAUGUGCCUGGUCUGGGCAGAGGCGCAACUGGUUUCACCACCCGAUCUGAUAUUGGUCCUGCUCGUGAUGCAAACGAUCCAGUGGAUGACCGACAUGCAGCUCCAGGGAAGAGGACGGUUGGGGACCAAAUGAAAAAGAAAGAGGAGGAUGAAGAAGAUCUGAACGACACAAACUACGAUGAGUUUAAUGGAUACGCUGGUAGCUUGUUCUCCAGUGGGCCCUAUGAGAAGGAUGAUGAAGAAGCAGAUGCUAUAUAUGCGGCAUUGGACAAGAGGAUGGAUGAGAGACGCAAAGAAAGAAGGGAGCUGAGGGAAAAGGACGAAAUCGAGAAAUACCGUAUGGAACGACCCAAAAUCCAGCAGCAGUUUUCUGAUCUUAAGAGAAAGUUGUCAGGGAUGUCAGAGGAGGAGUGGCUGAGCAUCCCUGAGGUGGGAGAUGCCAGGAAUAAGCGCCAGAGAAAUCCCCGAAAUGAGAAACUCACCCCUGUCCCCGACAGCUUUUUCUCCAAACAUCUGCAGACUGGAGACAAGCAUACCACAGUUGACCCUCUGCAAGGGCUGGCAGGUCUGAACACGCCCUACCCGGGAAGCAUGACACCCGGGACAGGAGAGCUGGACAUGAGGAAAAUCGGUCAGGCCAGGAACACACUUAUGGAUAUGAGGCUCAGCCAGGUAUCUGACUCAGUGAGUGGCCCAGACAGUGUGGUGAAUCCUAAGGGUUACCGCUGACUGAUCUUAACUCCGAUGAUCCCUACACAUGGGGGAGACAUCAGUGACAUCAAAAAAGUGCUCGUCGUCUGCCUAUUGAAAUCAGUGAGGGAGACCAAAUCCCUCAUCAGCCCGCCUGCCUGGAUCGCCGUCUGCCAGGUCUGGAGGAAGGUGACGGGCAAACUGCAGGUGGCCAGGACACGCUGAUCAUGAAAAGGCACAGAGAUGUGUCCUAAAGAGAUGUGGUGGCUCGAGGCCGCCCCAAGACUCCAGCCCGGCGACACAGCUGAAGCCGUGUGUGCCCAGGCUGUCCGCCAACCUGCCCGCAGUGCCGUCCGGCAUCUACAUCAGAGCUGCCAGAGCUGGAGAACAGACAUGAGGCGAAGAAACGCCGUUCUUCAGGAAAGGCUCCUUGAGAAUGGUGUGACCAAGUCCAGUUCGACUGUGGGAAGACCGUCUUGUGGAGCUGAGGAACCAGAGGAUGCCAGGAUCAUGCUCAGGCAGAGCUGUGAGUGUUGCCCUACUAGUGUGGAGCUGCUGGCUGGCGCCCUGGCCCGUUUAGAGACGUACGAGAACGCACCGUCGUGUCCUGAACAAAGCUUCGGAGAAACAUUCCCCACCGAUCGCCCACAUCUUGGAUCAACUGCUGCCCAAGCUGGCACCGCGAGGCCAAAAGUUCAGAUGGUACAAAAGAUCGCAGGGCCAUCCACUUCUCUACGUGCCAACGGUGUGGAGAUCAACAGAGAGCAGUGGAUACAGGAUGCAGAGGAGUGUGACAAAGCAGGCAGCGUGGCUACCUGCCAGGCCGUGAUAAGAGACGUCAUAGGGAUUGGCAUUGAGGAGGAAGAUCGCAAACACACCUGGAUGGAAGAUGCCGAUAGCUGUGUUUCCCAUGGAGCACUGGAGUGUGCCAGAGCCAUCUAUGCCCACGCUCUGCAGGUGUUCCCCAGUAAAAAAAGCGUGUGGCUUAGAGCUGCCUACUUUGAGAAAAAUAACGGCACCAGGGAGUCCCUGGAGGCCCUGCUCCAAAGAGCCGUGGCUCACUGUCCCAAAGCAGAGGUGCUGUGGCUGAUGGGAGCCAAGUCCAAGUGGCUGGCUGAGGAUGUUCCUGCUGCCAGAAGUAUUCUCGCUCUGGCUUUCCAGGCGAACCCAAACAGUGAAGAGAUCUGGCUGGCUGCUGUCAAGCUGGAGUCUGAGAAUAACGAGUAUGAAAGAGCCCGUCGACUUCUAGCUAAGGCCCGCAGCAGUGCCCCGACAGCAAGGGUGUUUAUGAAGUCGGUGAAGUUGGAGUGGGUGUUGGGGAACAUAGACGCUGCUCAGGAGCUGUGCACCGAGGCCCUGAAACACUACGAGGACUUCCCCAAACUGUGGAUGAUGAGAGGGCAGAUAGAAGAGCAGGGAGAAAACAUGGAUAAGGCCAGAGAGGCCUACAACCAAGGGUUGAAAAAGUGUCCCCACUCGAGCGGCCUGUGGUGGCUGCUGUCUCGCCUGGAAGAGCGAGUCGGACAGCUGACCAGAGCCAGGGCCAUCCUGGAGAAGGCCCGACUCAAGAACUCCCAGAGCCCCGAGCUGUGGUUGGAGUCGGUCAGGCUGGAGUUCAGGGCCGGGCUUAAGAACAUCGCCAACACACUGAUGGCCAAAGCCCUGCAGGAGUGCCCCAAUUCAGGCAUCCUGUGGGCUGAGGCUGUGUUUUUGGAGGCCAGGCCCCAGAGGAAGACCAAGAGUGUGGAUGCUUUAAAGAAGUGUGAACAUGAUCCCCACGUCUUGCUAGCUGUUGCCAAGUUGUUUUGGAGUGAGCGUAAGAUCACCAAAGCCAGAGAGUGGUUCCUGAGGACAGUGAAGAUCGAGCCUGACCUGGGAGAUGCUUGGGCUCUCUUCUACAAGUUUGAGCUGCAGCAUGGCACAGAGGAACAGCAGGAAGAGGUGCGAAAGCGCUGUGAGAAUGCGGAGCCCCGUCAUGGAGAGCUGUGGUGUGCCGAGUCCAAACACGUCCUGAACUGGCAGAAGAAGACAGGAGAGAUCUUAGCAGGGGUAGCCGGCAAGAUCAAAAACACAUUCUGAGGAAGAGGACUUUUGGACUGAAAAUGCCCGAGAAGAGUCACCAGUCUGGAAGGCAACAGAUUUGGGCAUGCUCAACUAUUAUUUUGGACUAGUGUUCUCUCCCAGGAUUUACCAAUCUGUAGCCGAUACAAAGGAUUCACACAUACCACAAACCCUUUUCAGGAACAGGAUUACAGUUUGUAGACUUAUAAAGAAAAUGAUGAUUGAUUUCUAAGUGAAAACAAAGUAACAAUUGAAUCCCUUUUCAAGUGAAUAGAUAUCAGCAACAGUAGUCAACUUCUUUUUUUUGUAGCUCUGCUUUUUCAGGUAGCGCAGGAUUCUCAGUAGACAGCAGUUUUCUAGUCCUCAGACAGACUUAGGUCAGGACUCUGACAUCCAGGAAACAUUCUGUUUUUAAGCCAUUCCUGUGUAACGUAAGCUUUGUAUUUGCAGUAUUUGCCUGCUGGGAAGUACAAUUUCUCCAAAGUUCAGGAUGACGGUCAAAGAGUUUAAAUGUGGUCUCAUUAGACCAUAGAACCUUCUUCCACUUUGUUUCAGUCUCCCAUAGGCCUUUUGGCAAAGACAAGCCCAGUUACAGCAGUUCACCUUUCCUUGCAACACUGCCAUAAAGCUGCACCUGGUGGAUCACCCAGGCAACAGUUAUAUUUUAAUAACUAAGGAAAACAUACUCACUCUACUGAGGUGGUGACUUAAUUCAUUAAUGUGUAGCUCUAUAGUUGAUUUGUUUUCAUGUUGACAUUAGGCUGUUGUUCUGCUGAUUAGUGUUGUAAUUCUAAUUUCAGUUGUGGUAAUUAUAACAAAAACCUGGAAAACCACAGAGCUUAAAUAGGCACUGCCAGGGUGAAAUAUACAAAACACAUGUUGAUUGAAUCCACCUUUACAGUAUGUUGUGAAUGAACUCUAUGUAUCGGGGGAUAGUUGUUGUGGUUGUUGUUGUCAACACUUGUUUGCUAAAAGAAAAUAUCCUAACAUCUUGUUUUGAGGAAGUUAUUUCCAUGUCCAAAUUUGACUCUGUUUAGUAUUUGUAUAUAAACUCCUCUUCAGGGACUAUUACAUGAUAUCUUACAUGUUGUAGUAUUGAUCUUUUUUCUACAUGGCUUGCUUGAAAUGUUUUUAAAUUCUUUGCAGGCAUCACAUAAACGACACUGUUUAUUGCGCAAUUAGCUUAUUCACCCGAACAAGUCCUAUUAUGCAUGGUUGUGAUUUGAAUGCUAAAAUUGAAUCUAAAUCAUGCAGUUCCCAUGAAUGGCCAGCAUUUCUGUCUGUAUGGGGUUUAUUUUAACUUUGUACCUUUUGGUUUGGCUGAAAUCAGUCUGUAUCACUGCAUUAUGUAAAUGUUUCAACAUCAUAACCAAUAAGAAUCGUUUUAUUAUUACUCUGGUUUUCUGUUCUCACUAUAUCUCAUGGCUUAUAUCCCUCUUCGCGCACACAAUGUAAAAAUGUUUGCCUAAAGGGCAUUUUGGAUAGAAACACGCACCAAAGUACACACUUUUAACACCAAUCCUUCACGGCAUAAUGUCUUACCAACGAAAUCGAAAGGAUAAAGGCAAGUGAUUGAUGACAGAGGUUGUCUUCGACUUGAUGGGACUGGAGUUAGGUGAAAUCCUAAACCCAGCGUCAGCAAUCCAUGACGGGGAAAGGUUUUAGCAGCAGGGGCUUUGAUGAUGUUGGAAACAUCGGAGCACCACAUCGGAAGUCUACCUGCUAUCGCGUUAACCUAUCCACCUGAGGAAGUAUAACACAAUACUGAUAAAAGACAAUGAGCUCGGCCGGAUCAGGAUUAAUUCGUUGUUUCGCCAUGCUACUGAACGAUAUGCCUUUGCUUGUUUGAGGAUUCUGCAGUACAACAUGAUAAAUGUGUUUGACUGGAACUUUACUCCGUAAUGUCGUGGUGGUUCUCUUAUUGGUCGACGCUUGUGGGAAACGUAGAUGUAACUACAGGGAGAUCCUGGUUUCCUACAGAGAGUUCAUCUUCGUUGAGCUGCAGAAUCUGAAUUUGACUGGUUCAAUUAAUACCUCCAAAGGGAGGGACCCCUGUCCCUCAGGAAAGGCACAUCGCAUUCUGGUUUCCAUCUAUAGUUUGUCACAUCAGAUGAGGUGUCAGACAAGCGGCAAGUUGAAGUCUGACCUGGAAAGGCCAGUGAAGAGCAUGGAGCAGCUCAUCAGUCAAAACUGCAGCCCUGAUGACCUGGGGAAGAAAGUCUCCUGUUCAGCUGUCAAGAAAAUACGAGGAAAGAAGAGAAGGAGAAUCAGGUUCAUCAAAGUUCUAAAUGCGCUGAUCACAUGUUGGCAAAAACUUAUUGUCUCCAUGCCCUCACAUUAGAAAAUCUUACUGUGCUACUUUAAGGUGGAUUAUAUAAACAUCACCACAUCAAACUGAGGAUUUUACCUUGCCAAUAACACAUUGUUCUUUGAAUGCAAUAUCAUGAAUGUACACUGUUGUCAAGUUCUCAAUGUUUUUAUUUUUGAAUAGUUUUAUAGUAACCACAGAUAAGCUAUUAAAUAUCCACCAUGCUUUCAAAUACUUGUAGAAAAUGUAUGUAUAAUGUAUUUUCUUAGCCUCUCAAGAUGUAACAACCAUUGUUGUCUUUGUAAGCCAUAUGUACCCAUGACAUGUUCUUCUGUCAUGUAGAAACAUAAUAAAUGGAACUUUUUUAAAUGUC